CUCCUGCUUCUCCUCGCUCACAGCCCUCCAAUUCUCUUCCUAUCUUGCAUCUACUUCCUGCGUCGCUUGAAUCCCUCGAAAAUGGCUCUUUCAGUGGAAAAAACCACGAGUGGCCGUGAGUACAAGGUCAAGGACAUGUCCCAGGCCGACUUUGGUCGCCUUGAGAUCGAGCUCGCCGAGGUCGAGAUGCCUGGUCUCAUGUCCUGCCGCACUGAGUUCGGUCCCUCGCAGCCCUUCAAGGGCGCCAGGAUCACCGGCUCCCUUCACAUGACCAUCCAGACCGCUGUACUCAUUGAGACCCUCACCGCCCUCGGCGCGGAGGUCCGCUGGUGCUCCUGCAACAUCUUCUCCACCCAGGAUCACGCUGCCGCCGCCAUAGCCCGUGACUCCGCCGCCGUGUUCGCCUGGAAGGGAGAGACACUCCAGGAGUACUGGUGGUGCACCGAGCGUGCCCUCGACUGGGGCCCCGGCGGUGGCCCCGACCUCAUCGUGGACGACGGCGGAGACGCCACGCUGUUGAUCCACGAGGGGGUUAAGGCCGAGGAGAUCUUCGAGAAGACCGGGAAGCUUCCGGACCCGGCUUCUACCGACAAUGCCGAGUUCCAGAUUGUGCUGACCAUUAUCAGGGAUGGGCUCAAGACUGACCCCAAGAGGUACCACAAGAUGAAGAGCAGGUUGGUCGGAGUUUCGGAGGAGACCACCACUGGGGUUAAGAGGCUCUACCAGAUGGAGUCCAGUGGCUCUCUGCUGUUCCCUGCUAUUAACGUUAAUGACUCUGUCACUAAGAGCAAGUUCGAUAACUUGUACGGGUGCCGCCACUCCCUUCCCGAUGGUUUGAUGAGAGCUACUGAUGUAAUGAUUGCUGGCAAGGUUGCUGUUGUCUGUGGAUACGGUGAUGUUGGAAAGGGCUGUGCUGCUGCCUUGAAGCAAGCUGGAUCCCGAGUGAUCGUGACUGAAAUUGAUCCAAUUUGUGCUCUUCAGGCCCUUAUGGAAGGCAUCCCAGUUCUGACCCUUGAGGAUGUUGUCGCAGAGGCUGACAUCUUCGUCACAACCACUGGUAACAAGGAUAUCAUCAUGGUUGACGACAUGAAGAAGAUGAAGAACAAUGCCAUUGUUUGCAACAUUGGUCACUUUGAUAACGAGAUUGACAUGCUCGGCCUUGAGAACUACCCAGGCGUGAAGCGCAUCACCAUCAAGCCCCAAACAGACAGGUGGGUUUUCCCCGAGACGAACUCGGGCAUCAUUGUGCUGGCUGAGGGUCGGCUCAUGAACUUGGGCUGUGCCACAGGGCACCCUAGUUUUGUGAUGUCCUGUUCCUUCACAAACCAGGUGAUUGCACAGCUUGAGCUGUGGACGGAGAAGGCAAGUGGGAAGUAUGAGAAGAAGGUUUAUGUUUUGCCUAAGCACCUUGAUGAGAAGGUUGCAGCACUUCACCUUGGCAAGCUUGGGGCUAAGCUCACCAAGCUCAGCAAGGAUCAGGCUGACUACAUUAACGUGCCCGUUGAGGGUCCUUACAAGCCUGCUCAGUACAGGUAUUGAGGGGGUUCUUGAAAAUGAGAGAACUUGAGGGGGAAAAAAUAUAUAUAUGGGGUAUUUGGAGGGCACGAUCGUGUCUCUUUCGGCUUCCUGACUUGGUAGGAUGGCAGGUUUGAUUUCUUUAGGGUUUUUUUUGUCUGGUGGUGGAAUGUGUUGGAAGGAAAGAAAUUGCCGGGUCGCGGUUGAAAGAAGACCCUGGUUGGGUUCUAAAUGAAUAAGGCUGGAUGGGUCUGUGUGGGGAUUGUGUUGUUACUGCUUCUCUUUGAAUUUUGCUGCUUUUGUUAUCACUCAAAAGGGAAAAAAAAAUAAUACUAUUUGCUGUAUCAUUGUCUUGA